AAAACUUCGACCAGAGACUCUAUGUUGCUGGAAACCAAAUGCUCCAUCUAACACCCACUUUCCGCGCCCAAGACCGUGCCCGCUUGGCUUACAGCCUGCCCAAUGCACGCCUGCCACCCUCCCAGGCUCAUGCGACAUCCACGUUCCCAGCAGCCCCAGAGCCAAGAAAGGCACCCCACACAUCGGUUCUGAAGCAGGUGCACUUGAGGCAGCUCCUGCGCGUGGCUGUGCGGGGCGCGACGGAGGCCGAAAAGCUGCGCGCCCUAUCGUGUCGGCGGACGGCGGCUAAAGCUCUGCGAUCCGGGAACGUGUUCAAGAGGGAGCGGAGGCCGCGGGAGAUGUCUAGCGAUGAGCUUUGCGGAAAUCUGGUUGAGGAGAGGCGGAGUCGGGUGGGGAGUCGGACGUGUCUGAGCGGCGCGUAUCUGAUCAGUGCCAGAAAAAUGCUCAUCGCAUCGUGUCCAGGGACUUCGGUGCCUGAACCGCCGAUCGCGACUGCCCAAGUGGGAUCCCAAUACAGAUCCCCUGGUGGGCGCAAGUUGAGAAGAAGCAAAUCACAUCACUCUCUCAGCACGCUGUGAGUGCACUAUCACGGUGCAAUCUCGGGUAGCGCUCUAAUCUGAUUGCAGGGUCAGCGGUGGCGUUGACUCCCGCUUGGUCGUGCAGGAUGAUUCUGCAAUAUCUCUCAAGCGCAAAUACUCUCCCGAUCUGACUGAUGAAGAUGUCGAUUGCCUUCAUCAAGAGAAACGACGGAACACCUCCUCCGAGUCUACUGGAUUCUGACCAGACACUCGAGUAGUAGAGCACCACUUACUUAUUUAUGAGUGCAUAUAAGUGGAUCAUAUACGUACAUGACAUCCAUCACUUUGAACUCGACUAGAUGGGUGUGAAUUUGAAUGUUCG